CCCACCCCACCUCUCCCCACCCAGAUGUCCACAUGGCCCUGUGUUGGCAGGAGGUGGACUUCAUGUUCCUGUGCAGACGGCCAUUGCUGGAGCGACAGACCACCUACACGGAGUGUUGCUGCCAGUACGGAGAGGCCUGGGGCAUAGAGUGUGCCCUCUGCCCCCUGCGGGAUACAGAUGAACACGCCGCCCUGUGCUACAUGAGAGGGGAUGUGGAAGACGACGACCUCUACCCCUACCCCCUGGGCUAUGAACCUUACGGAGCCGCGCCGCGGCCCGAGUUAUCCCCGGACCCCCGGGACUACGGAGGCUUCGGGCCGGUGGAGCCGCCGCCGUUCCUGGUCGCCGAGCCGCGGAGGAGCCGCAGUGACCACGGCUCGUCCCGGCCACGGCCCUGGUCCCCGCCCGCCGGCCCCAGCUCACGGACUGUCCGCUACAGCCUGGCCGGGCAGCGGCUCCCGGAGACCCGGCUCCAGCCCCGGAGAAGCAGCGGGCGGCACGACCGCCGGUCGCGGUUCCCCAGUGUGCGGGCGGACGAGUGCGGGGUCCUGAGCGGCUGCGAGAACGGCCGCUGUAUUCGCAUCCCCGCCGGCUUCACCUGUGACUGUGACCCCGGCUACACACUGCACAUCGCCAGGAUGACCUGUGUCGACAUAGAUGAGUGUGAUGAAGCAGAGGACGGCAGCAUGCGGUGCAUCAACGGCAGGUGUGUGAACACUGGCGGUUCGUAUCGAUGCACCUGCCCACAGGGCUAUGUCUUGUCACAGCCAGCCCACCACUGCACACCUGCCCAGAGCAGAGUCACAGCAGCGGGCCUGUGAACCCAGAGAUCCAGCUGCAAUCAGCUCCGUGUUUCACAGACGGGGCGCAUUGUCGAACGAUCAGGACCAGAGGUAUUUAUUUCAUGCUAUUUAAUUGAUGUUGGAGAGAGAUAGGAGGGAGCCCAGCCUAUAACAUGAAAGCACUCCAGCCUUUCACUAGGAUUGGCCAGAUCUUCAGUUCUGCAGAUCGAGGUUCACCGCUUGUAUUCAAAGGCCCAGGAUUAUUAAUCGUAUCUGGGUCUGCAGAUUGUAAACUGAAGAUCCUCCCCGCAGACCUGUGUGUAGGAAGGAACUGCAGAUGCUGGUUUACACUGAAGAUAGACACUAAGUGCCGGAGUAACUCAGCGGGACAGGCAGCAUCUCUGGAGAGAAGGAAUGGG